UAACAAAUUGGAAAUUGACAAUUGGUUUUAAAAUGGGUAUCUGAGGAUGGGUUUAUAUAUGUAUGUGUGUGUGUGUAUAUUUUUCAAAAAGUUGAUAUGAAAUUCGUAGGUGUGUCUUAGUGUUUUCAAAAACGUUAUUUAACGCCCUAACCGGAUGGGAUUAUGUCGUCGUUAUACGUUUAUACUUGGUUUCAGUGCCUCCGAGUAAAAAUUAGUUAAUAUAUAAGUUUCUAUUAGCGAAUUUGUAAUAAAAUAUAAAGUUAAACAUGUGGAAUAUGAUGUGUGAUGUGAUGCCGACUAUAUCGGAAGACAGUAUAAGUCAGAGGGGUUCGCAAUUUUCUGGCGAAGAUGCAAAUUUCGAACAGCUUAUGGUGUCGAUGCUCGACGAAAGGGACAAAUUAAUGGACAGUUUAAGAGAAACGCAAGAUCGUUUAGGGGAAACCGAGAUUAAAUUACAGGAUACUGAAAAAGAAAGAGACUCUUUACAAAGGCAAAUAGCCGCAAAUCUUCCACAGGAAUUUGCUACUUUAACCAAAGAAUUGAAUGCAGCUAGAGAACAGCUUCUCGAAAGGGAAGAAGAAAUAGCCGAAUUAAAAGCAGAAAGAAAUAACACAAGGUUAUUAUUAGAGCAUUUAGAAUGUCUUGUAUCUAGACACGAAAGAUCUUUGAGGAUGACAGUGGUGAAACGACAGGCAGCAGCACAAUCAGGCAUUUCAAGCGAAGUAGAAGUCCUAAAAGCUUUAAAAAGUUUAUUCGAACAUCACAAAGCUUUAGACGAAAAGGUACGGGAAAGACUGAGGGUAGCUUUAGAAAGAAACUCGACUUUAGAAGAAGAAUUAGCAGCAACCAAAGAAGAAUUACAGCAGUAUAAACAAGUUAACGUACCUGCAUCGGUCGAUAUACCAAAAGAAAACGGACAAAUCGAACCAGAUCAAACGAAUAAUAAGCAAUGUCCGAAACCUCGUCUUGCUAAUGGAGGAGUGGAAACUGAUAGCGAAACUGCUGCUAGGAUCACGGAUCUUCAAAUGGCCCUCGAACAGCAGACAGGGGAGAUUAGUAAUUGGCAGCGUCGAGUGGCGGAGAUGCAGAACCGAGUCGCUGAAUUGGAGGAAAAUUUGUCGAAGGCUCAGAAAGAUCUGUUGAAGUCUCAAGAUACGAAUUCGAAGCUUCAGAGGGAUCUUCGAGAGAAUAUGGCCCAGAAGGAGGAUCAAGAAGAGCGGAUUGCUACGUUGGAGAAGAGAUAUUUGAACGCUCAGAGGGAAUCGACGUCGUUGCACGAUCUCAACGAGAAAUUGGAGCAGGAGUUGCAACAUAAGGAAGCUCAAAUUAAAUUGCACGAAGAGAAAAUAGCGGCGAUACAGGAAAAAUUGGAAUUGUCUGAACAGAAGUUGGCUCAGUAUUCGAAGUUGCCGGAGAUUGAGGAGCAGUUGAAGCAGCGUAUGGAAGCGUUGACACAGGUGAGACCCCAGGCUCAAGAAAGACACGGAUCCGCCGAAGAUCGAAUCCAAAGACUAGAAGCGAAUUUAGACGAGAAAAACGCCGAACUAGUACGACUAAACCAAAGACUCAAAAUGAACGAAGAACACAAUUCCCGUCUAUCGUCAACUGUGGACAAACUUCUUUCCGAAUCCAACGAUAGACUACAAGAACAUCUAAAAGAACGUAUGCACGCCUUACAAGAGAAAAACAACCUAACGCAAGAUUUGGAAAAGACCAGAAAGAUGCUGGAAGAUUUGGAUAACCAGAAAUCGGAAAUAAUGAAAGAAUUGGCGAAAUCCCGCUUGGAAAUAGACAACGUCAAAAGACAGAUGCUGCAACAAGAAAUCGCCUACAAUAUCCAACAAACGGACGCUUUAACAAGAUCGUUGUCGCCGAACGCCGUCGAUCCGAGUACGUUUUCGAGAAGCGCCAGUCAUUCCAGCUUCGAUAGUCAUUCGUUACCGCGCAGGGCUACCAAAACCAGAACCCCCAUCGACGAAGAACCGUCGAAAUUACCGUUCGGUUCUCGUUCGAUGACCGAACAAGAAUGGGAGAAAUUGCAACAGGCCCACGUUUUGGCUAACGUCCAACAAGCCUUCGACGUAUCCAGCGACGCCGAAGCCGACGACGCCGAUAGUAUAUUCAGCACGCAGGAUAUCCUAUCGCCCGGCGGUCACACCGACGCUCAAACGUUAGCGAUGAUGUUACAGUGUAACUUAAUGCUGCAGGAACAAUUGGACGCCAUUAAUAACGAGAUACGGUUGAUACAAGAAGAGAAACAGAAUACUGAAGCUCGCGCCGAGGAAUUGGAAUCGAGAGUCGGCAGCAUGGAACACGUCAAUCUCUUAACCAGAGGAAGAAGCAUGGAACGACAGAGUCCGCCGGUUAGCGGUAGAUCGACACCCAAAUCGCACCAUUCGCCCCAGAGGGAUUAUUUGCAAAAAUACCAUACGUUGCCGUUAGAGCCGAUGUCGUCCGAAUUAACAACCGACGAUUUAUUAGUCGACGGUACCAACGGCGGCGGUGCUUCACCCCUUACCGCCCGACAUUUGAGAUUAGAACGAGUAGCUCAAGCUCUAGCUCACAGUCAAGAAGAACUCAGAAGGUAUGUGUUUAGGCAAGGACAUACGCAAACACCUCCGUCACCAUUGUCGUCUCGUCAUAGCAGUCAGGAGAGUUUACACAAGAACGCCAUUUCCGGAUUAUCGAGAGAUAUGUCGACUGCGGCGGCGGUAGCGGCGGCAGCGGCGGCGCAGAAGAAGAAAGGUCUCAAAUCGUCUUUGGGACGGUUCUUUAGUAAAAAAGAAAAGGUAAAAGGUAAGGAGACCGUCGGACACGAAAUGAACCUGAACUUGAGCCAGAGCAGCAUCGGAUUACAAGACGGAGAUUACAGCGAUACGAUGAGCGUAUCCGGAAAAUUGGGACAAAAACCGGAAUUCGAUCGGAGACAAAAAAAGAAGGAUUUGGAUUAUAGACACGAAUUAUUAGCGGAAGCUAUGAAGGCAGGUACGCCCUUCGCCCUUUGGAACGGACCUACCAUAGUAGCUUGGUUGGAAUUGUGGGUGGGUAUGCCGGCUUGGUACGUGGCCGCAUGUCGGGCGAACGUUAAAUCGGGAGCCAUCAUGAGCGCUCUAAGCGAUACGGAAAUCCAAAGGGAAAUUGGAAUCAGUAAUCCGUUACAUAGGUUGAAAUUGCGUCUGGCAAUUCAAGAAAUGGUAUCUCUGACGUCACCUUCGGCGCCGAAGACGUCGAGAACGACGCUAGCAUUCGGCGACAUGAAUCACGAAUGGAUAGGAAAUUAUUGGCUUCCGGGUUUAGGACUUCCUCAAUAUAGGACAACAUUCAUGGAAUGUCUUGUCGACGCCAGAAUGUUGGAUCAUCUUACCAAGAAAGAUUUAAGGGGGCAGCUCAAAAUGGUCGACGGAUUUCAUAGGACAAGUUUACAUUACGGCAUAUCCUGUUUGAAGCGAUUAAACUUCGACAGACACGCUCUAGAAGAACGUAGAAAAAAUUGCGAAAACACUUUAUCAGACGUUCUAGUAUGGAGCAACGAACGCGUAGUAAAAUGGGUAACCUCGAUAGGUUUAAAGGAUUACGGUAACAAUUUAGAAGAAUCCGGUGUUCACGGGGCCCUAAUCGCUCUAGACGAAAGUUUCGACGCCGAUAGCAUGGCGUUAGCUCUACAAAUACCGACGCAAAAUACUCCGGCGAGGCAGACCUUGAAAAUAGAAUACACAAAUUUAUUGCAUAUAGCUACGGAUAGGAAACCGCAAGACAUUCAAUCCUGAUUAUGUUCCUUAGAUCUAAAAUAGGAUUCAAAUAUUCGAUUCACAAGAAUUGUUCGUUAAAUUGAUAUCGCCUUGUAUAAAGAGGCGGAUAAAUGAGCUUCUCGGACGAACUGAAAAACAAAAAAAAAAUCGAAAACAAAAAAAUCUUGUAUCGUACCUAAAAUAACUCAUAGUAUUAUUAAUUGUACAUUAAUUGUUGUUUGUUGGGUUACCGGGACUGGAAGGCCGAUAUUGCUUAUUCUUUUCGAUAGGAUCCGGUUCGAAGGACCAAUAAUGUCGUUAUUUUCGAUUUAUUUUGUUAUUUUAAUUGCAAGAAAUAUUUUUUUGGUAGAUAUCGAAAUAAGGCAUAUUUAGUGAUAUUUUUCUAAAAUUAGGUUUUACUCGAGGUAUUUUCAAUGUUAAAUCCAUUUUUUUUUUAUAUGUGUUAUAAUGUAUUAAUAUCCGUCACCUUGUAUAUUUUAUAUUGUCUAAAUUUACUUAAUGACGUCAUUAUGAGUAGUUUUAUGCAUUUUCUCAUAUAUUUAUCACCCCGUAUGUUCUAUAAUUCACAAAAUUAUAAUCUUCCAUCCAUUUUUUUAACUUGUAUCUUGUUUUGGAUCGUUCAAAUUAACAAAUCGACGUUAUUUUAGCUUUUUAAAUGAAUUUUAGUCACCCUGUAAGUAUUUAAUCAUCUGAAUUCAUAAUAUUACGUCCCUAUAGACAUUUUCAUAAAUUUUUUGAUAAAUUUACCACCCUGUAUGUUCUAUAUCUUAAAAAUUCACAAAAUAACAAUCUUAUAGCAUUUUUUUAAAUCUUUGGAUGUAUGUAUCACCCUGUAUAUUAUUUUAUAGCCUUCAAAUUUACAAAUCGACAUCAUUUCGGCCUUUUCAAUAGAAUUUUUUGAAAAAUUUACCGCCCUCUAUGUUUUAUAUUAAUUCUAUUAACUAUAUGUCAUUCUUUCAGCCAUUUUGAUGAUCUUUGGAUAUAUUUAUCACCCUGUAUGUUGUUUUUGUAUCCUUAAAUAUCACAAAAUGACGUUAUUUUAGUCUUUUUAACGAAUCACCCUGUAGGUUUUAUAUCUCGAAAAAUUUGAAAAAUAACAUUCUUCAGCCAUAUUUCUGUAUAUAACACCCUGUAUGUAGGCAUCAAAUUUACAAGACGACUUCGUUUCGGUCAUUUCUAUGAAUUUUCUUCAAUAUCACUCAAUUCUACUAAAUUUACAAAAAGUCAUUCUUUCGCGCAGCGUUUUUAUACUUUUUUAAAUAUUUAUCACCCUGUAUGCUUUACUUCUAAUUAAUUUUCAAAAUAAUGUCCUUAAAGCCAUUUUAAGCUAUUUUAAUGUAUAAAUCUCCCUGUUUAUUGUUUUAUAGACUCCAAAUUUAGAAAACAAAUUCCUUUCGGUCAUUUUCAUGCAUCUUCAUAUAUAUAUUUAUCACCCUGUAUAUAUUAUAAUUUACAAAAUUACAUCCUUUUAGCUCAUCCUUUUGAUAUUAUGAUAUUUUUCAUCACCCCGUAUAUUUUAUAUCCUGCAAAUUUACAAAAUGACAUCGUUUCGUCCAUUUUCAUGAAUCUUUAUAUAUAUUUACAUCCUGUACGUUUUAUAUUCUUUAAAUUUUCAAAAUCCCAUCCUAUUGGGUCAUUCUUCUGAUUUAUUAAAUAUUUUUCAUCACCCUGUAUAUAUUAUGCCGUAAAAAUUUCCAAAAUAACGUCCUUUUGAGCAUUUUUAUGAAUCUUCUAAUAUACUGAUCACACGAGCAUUUUUAUGGAUUUUUCAAUUUUUUUAUGGAUCUCCCUGUAUACAGCAAUAUCGGCCUAUAGUUAAAAAAAAAAAUGAAACAUUGUUAAAUAUGGCAGCGAGACAGUCAGUAUUAUCCCAAGCGUGCCUGCACUCCCCGUUAGUGCUAUCAUUUUUUUUUCUUUUUAUUUUGACUACCCCGUAUUGUAUAAAUAUGACGUUUACCAUUCGUUCGGUUUACCAUUUACCAAUAUAGUUACCGAAUUUAGGACACACGCUGUAUAUUAAUGUAGGUGAUGGUUAAAAUGAUUUUUCGUUUCAUCGAUAAUUUUUUCCCCUUCGGAAAUGGAAAAUUCACAAAACAAAAAAAACGAAGGAGCCGAGUAAUAUUUACGGUGAAUACUUUUAUGGUAUAUUUGAACUACUAGACAUAAAACAAGGGGCGAAUACAUGUAUGGUACAUUUGAACUACUGGACAUAAAACUAGGGGUUAAUUAUUUGUGGUACAUUUGAACUACUGAACAUAAAACAAUGAUUUAUAACACACUGUACGGUAUGGUGGAAAAUCGUGCCCCAAUUGAACAUAUAAACAAAUUUUUCGUCCCACAAAUUUUUAAUUUUCGUUUUUUUGAUUUAAUCGACGAAAAUUUAAAAAAAAGUGUCAAACUCCUAUUAAAUUUUUUUAAAAAACUCAUUUUUUCAGUUUCCGAAUAUAUUUUUAUAUUUAUAAUAUUUUCUAUAAAACGAUUAUUUAUAUUUUAUUAUUAUUAUUAUUUUGCAUUUAGCCCCCUCGAAACUAGUCUAAUUGUAUAUUUAUUAAAUUUGUGUAAAAUAAAUUAUGAAUAACAAUAGUGUGUAAAUUUUAUAUACGUUUUAAUAUUUUUUAUUUUAUUUAGCGAAAUUCAAAAAAAAAAUAAUGAAAAAUAUUGAAAUCUACAAAAACUACGUUUCAGCAACACUGCAAUCUGUUGAUUUGUGUAAUGAAAAUUUCGUAGUUUUCCUAAAUAUAAGGGAAAAAAUUAGGUUUGGCAACACUGCAGUCUUCAAAUUAAUAAUCGAUUCAGUAGUUUUCCGAAAAAUAUGAAAAAUAUUUAGACAACGAAUUCGUGAACAAUUUUUUUUUUUCAAAAAUUCUUUGUCCUGGCUGUAUAACUCUCCAAUCAUUCAAUUUCCCUAAAUCUAAGGAAACACUACUUUUAGCAACACUGCAAUCUAUUAAAUUAUCAUGGAAAUUCUGCAGUUUCUCACUUUUGAAAGAAAUUAUACAACGCCGCAAUCUCUGUUUAUUAAUAUAUAAAAGUUUUCACAUAUCCCUAGAUUAAAGAAAACAAACUAUGUCUGACAACAUCACAAUUUAUGUUUCUCUAUGGUAUUUCUUAUCAUUCCUCUACUUUUGAAAGAAAUUACGCAACGCCUCAAACUCUUUCUGUUUAUAAACGGAAAUUUCCUCGGAUCUGAAGAUAAACAAAUACGUUUGGCAACGUCGCGAUCUCCAAAUUUUUUUGACUAAUGAAUUCGUUGAUUUUCCCAGUUUUAAUGGAAGAUUUUCAUGUAUUGAAUUGGGGAAAAAAAUCUCCAUUUUGAGAUUUCGAGAUGGAAUUUUUCAUUUUAGAACCGAUAAAUUGUAUUUUACGUUCGUUUACUAACACGCAGUAGAUUAAAAUUACCAAAAUUAUGUGUUCUAAUUCUUAAUAUAUGAUACAGUGUGCGCCCAAUAAGUAUAACAUUUCGAAACUAAAACUACCAAUCGAAAAGAAUUGAAUACUUUUUGAAUACACACUGUAUAUAUAUGCAAUGACUGUGAUAUUAACUUUACGUCAACUUCUAGCAUGUAUUAAUUGAUAUUUCAUUUUCUUGAAACGUACGUAUAUAAAUAUUUUUUUUUCGUUCGUUUAUAUAUUUUUUUGCAUGUUUAUAAAAACCAUUUGUUUGUUAUUUCUUUUUCCUGUGUGCUUCUUAUAACUUUUAUUUUAUAGACACGCUUUUAUUGUCUCUUAGAUUGAUUAUAAUAUAUUUAUUUAGUCGUUUUGUUUUAUUUUUUCCGCGUCUUCUUUUAUUCUUCUACUACGCUUUUGUUACGUCAACCAACAUUGCAACCACAAAUAGUUCAAAUACUUGGCACGUAAAAGAUAAAGAAGAAGAACCAUAGAAUAACCAUAUCUUCACUACGCUUUUGUUAUGUCGAUGCAACUAAUAAUAUAUCUACGAUAUGAUGUAUCAUAUAAAAAAAGUCAUGCAAAAUAUAAAAAAGAAGAAGAACCAUAGAAUAAAUAGCUCCACCGCGCUUUUGUUAUGUCAAUACAACAAAAUAACUCAACUCGAUACUGUAUCAUAAGUUAUUAUAAAAGAGGCUCGUAAAAUAUAAAAAAGAAGAGUAUUGAAUAAUCAAUAUAUGUCCAUAAUACAGGUAAAUAAUACAAAAAAUGUUUAUUGUAUUUUAAUUGGAAGAAAUUGACAAUUAAAUAUCUAAUUAAAAACAUUUAAUAUAAUAUUAUGUAUGCAGAAAUUUCACGUCUAAUUCUUUGCAACUACCAGAAAUAAUCUUGGCAACCCCGUCGGAUUUAGAAACGAAAACGUCCAAAGAAAUUAUGAAUUUGUAGGUUAAAUCUAAUAACAACAUAUUGUUUAAAGGAAAUAUAUAAAUAAUAUUGAGUUUUUUUCGUAAUUUUGCAUAUGAGGUUACUUACAAAUCAUAUUAUUUUACACAAAUUGACUAAAAUCUAAAAUAUCCACGAGAAAAUUAAUGCAUUAAAUUAUAUUCAAAUUCCAACGUACCGAGUUAGGAAAAUUAUUAAAUUUCAUCAUUUUUUCGUAUUUUUUUUGAAAAUAACUAUUCAAUUAUUAAACCACUGAUUUUACUUUCUAAAAUAUCAAAAUUUGAUCUAUUACACAAUAAAAUCUUCCUAAUACAGUGUGAACGAAAAAUUCUAGCGAUACAUACAUUGAUUAUUUGUUGUUUUUAGAAAAAAAUAUCGAUAAUCUCGUAAAUCAUUAUUUAACUUGAAAGAUAUAUUCAAAAUUUUUCGUUAUGACUUUUUGAUAACGCUUAUAUCAUCUUUAAUAAAAAAAUAUAAAUUUCUGUACAUUCCCAUGAUAAUUUAGUUGAAAAUUUUCCUCUCUCGGUUGAUUAACAUGAAAAUAAUUCUUAAAUUACCCCAAAGGUGGGUGGAAAAACGCACGUACAUACAAAUUUCUCUAGAUCUCGGGGGGGAACUACGUUUGGCAACACUGCAAUUUCUAAAUGUAUUAAAUUUCGUCCAUUUCUCCGGCUUUGAAGAAAAUUAUGUUCUCCAAUUUAUUUUUUUUUUCGUGAAAAAAACAAAACUAGAAAAAAAAAUGUACAUAAAAAUAAAAUUAGUAUCAUCAUCAUACAUAACAGCUUCGUCGAACCAAAAAAUUAUGUUUUGUAUAAAAAUUUCGCUAUACCUGAUUUUCCUCGUAUACUACACAACUUUAAUACAUUUUAGUCCAGUUCCUGUUAGUACAAUAUCCUCGAAAUGUCCAAAAAAAAAAUUAGAAUCUAAAUAGAAUAUUUAUUAGAGCUCCUUCUGAUUUAUAACUUAACUGUUGAAAAAAAUAAUCCCGUAGGCUACCAACUCUAUUUCCUGAGCAGUAUCAGAUAACGAUCACAUUUCCCCCAAAUAACAACAAAACAUUUUUUGGAGCAAUUUCAGCCAAACAUAUCAUGAAAAAAACAAAGAAUUUCUAUCCCAAUUGAAUUAUUUAUAUUGAUUCCUAUAUUGAACCUAAUUCUACUGGACUAUAAACCAUAAUUGCGAAAUUCUUUAAAGUUUUACAAAGUUUCAUUGCAUUUCUUACCCCUGCUAUAAUAAUGUAAAAAUUUAUCUGUUACCAUUUAAUUUAUUCAAUAUAAAUAAAAAAUUGUGAAUAUACCGAUAUGUGUAACUAUUUUUUUUUAAUUUACAUAAAAUUCUUGAAUGUUCUUCAUUAAAUUCAUGAUAGUA